CCCAACAACGUGUGAUGGUUCGUGUGAUGCCGAAAAGUGAGUAGGUUGUCUGAAAUCAGGCAUAAAUCUGCAAAAAUAUAAAGUUCUUACGAUCUCACAGACCAUUAAAUAUGUUUUCGAUGUCAUUAAGAGGACUUGGGUGUCAGAAAGCUCUUAAGGAAGUCAUAAGAAACGCGAAGUCUCUCUACCUUAAUUCCGGUCACAAUAAUGUGCUACUUUUACAGUCUGGAAGGAGAAGUGCAGUGUUUCAAGUAAGAAACUAUGCAGCCCCAGCUAAAAAGGAAUCCUUUUCAAGGGACAAGCCACAUGUGAACAUUGGAACAAUAGGUCAUGUGGAUCAUGGAAAGACAACUCUGACAGCAGCUAUCACUAAAGUUUUGGCUGAAGGAGGAGCAGCAAACUACAAAUCAUAUGCUGAUAUUGACAACGCUCCAGAGGAGAAAGCCCGUGGAAUAACAAUCAAUACAGCACAUGUUGAAUAUCAAACAGACUGCAGACAUUAUGGACAUGUAGACUGUCCAGGUCAUGCCGAUUAUAUCAAGAACAUGAUCACAGGAGCUGCCCAAAUGGAUGGUGCUAUUCUUGUUGUGGCUGCAACAGAUGGUCAAAUGCCACAGACAAGGGAACAUCUCUUACUUGCCAGUCAGGUUGGCAUUAAGCACCUUGUUGUGUACCUGAAUAAAGCUGAUGCAGUGGAUGAUGAAGAAGUUCUUGAACUGGUUGAAUUGGAGAUGCGAGAGGUUCUCUCAGAGUAUGGCUUUGAUGGAGAUAACACGCCCAUCAUUUCAGGGUCUGCUCUCUAUGCAUUAGAAGACAAGGAACCAGAGAUGGGUAGAGAGACGAUUGUCAAACUCCUGAAAGCUGUAGACGAGCACAUUCCUACACCAGACAGAGAACUCGACAAGCCCUUCCUCCUCCCAGUUGAGGAUGUGUUUUCGAUUCCUGGGCGUGGCACUGUGGUGACUGGAAGGGUUGAAAGGGGCACAGUCAAGACUGGUGAUGAAGUGGAAUUUGUGGGCCAUGGAGCCAAGGGGAAGACAACAAUCACAGGCAUUGAGAUGUUUCACAAACUCCUCGAUAGAGGAGAAGCUGGGGACAACUUGGGAGCAUUACUGAGAGGGACUAAGCGAGAGGAAGUCAAACGUGGAAUGGUGCUGUGUGCUCCCGGAACUAUCCAGCCACACACACAGUUUGAGGCUCAGGUGUACAUAUUGAAAAAGGAAGAAGGUGGACGCCACAAACCAUUUGUAUCCAAUUAUCAGCCUCAGAUGUACAUCAGAACAGCAGACGUGUCGGCCACCAUCACCCUCCCAGAGGGGAAGGAUUUUGUCAUGCCCGGGGAAGAUGCCUCCUUCACUAUUAAGCUCAUGUUCGACAUCGCACUUGAGACUGGGCUCAGGUUUACCCUCCGAGAGGGCAGUAGGACUGUGGGGACUGGGGUGGUGACUAAGAUAAUCAAGUAAUGGAUUCACUGCCAUCACUGACCCCUCCCUAGUAAUGUAAGCGUUGUGACACUAUUCUACAGCAGUCUUGACACAAGGAGACAUGUUUAACUUUGCAAGUACUACUUUAUCAUUUCUUUUUUUUUUUCUUUUUUUUAAUUUCGAAGUGAAAGAGAUGAAAGUGGAGUUGACUGUUGAUGAAAGCCUUCAAAAAUUAAAGAUGAGAACAGUUCCGUUGCAGUUCGGUUGCAAGCUCCGUAACUGUGCGCAAUCUUUUUUUUUUUUGUGUGUGUGUGUGUGUUGACACAUUGACAAAAUAAAUUAAUAAGGAGUUUUUAUAGGUCAGGCUGUUCAAAGUGAUUAGAACGCGAUUGAAAAUUGUACACGGUCAGGUCUUAAAAAAGGCGAACACAAGCCUUAAAAAAAAAAAAAAAUCUGUUGGUUUCCCCAACCGAUCACCUCUACUACCUGCGAUUGGAAAAGGAACAUCUACUUGUUGACCACUUUGUUAUUUUACAAGGAAGGGACAGAGCUGUGCGAUGUUCUGUUCUGUUUCCAGCAAAUGACCUUGUCAUGUGGAGGGUUUCUCUUAAAAGGCGAGAAAUUCAGAAGAGUUCAAGAGGCCAAGUUUUCUUGUCUUGUUUUCUGUGUUCUCCUUGUAAUUUGCGUCCGACUUCGAGGAAUUGUUUAGUUGUUUUUCUGUCUGUUUCACAAUUAAAGCUGUUGAUUGGUAUGAAUUCUGUUAA